UAGACCAAAAAAAGAAAAAAAUGUGGGAAAAACAAUGGAUAAUUCAAAAGGGGUCGGCAGGCAAACAAAAAAUGAUUAGAAUGACACAAACCAGAAACAAGAAAACCCUACAAUCUCUUUGUUUAUACUUCUGAAUUUCACAACACCCACGUCACAGAUUUGAAAGUUUCCGUGUAGAUAAUAAUAAUAAUAAACAUUAAUAUUAAUAUUAAUAUUAUUAUUACUAUUAUUAUUAUAGUUUCAUACCAAUGAAUUCACUCUUCAGAUCCUUAUGUUCUUCACUUUCAGCUUAUUUCACUUACUGGAUUUGAUCUUGAAAGUAUUGGGUGUUCGAUUUGAUCAUUAAUGGCGGAAAUGGUGGGUCCCAGGUUGUACAGUUGCUGUAAUUGUAGGAAUCAUGUUGCCCUUCAUGAUGAUAUUAUUUCUAAAGCUUUUCAGGGGAGGAACGGUAGAGCGUUUUUGUUCUCUCAUGCAAUGAAUGUUUCUAUGGGAGCAAAAGAAGAUCGGAACCUGAUGACUGGGCUCCACACGGUUGCUGACGUGUACUGCUCCGAUUGUCGCGAGGUUUUGGGUUGGAAAUAUGAACGCGCUUACGAGGAAUCACAAAAGUACAAGGAAGGCAAGUUCAUUCUUGAGAAGUCCAAAAUCGUCAAAGAAAACUGGUAACUAAUUACUUAACUAAUAGUCCUAUGUAACUAAUUUCUCGUUUCAUAAGUGGGUGAAAAAUGUAUGUUUCUUUAGUGUUCAUGAUAUCCAAUAAGCUCGUAUCAAUUCAUCGUCGAUUCUUCUAUCUCAUGGAAAUCUGUAUUUAAGAUGAUGGGAUUUAUGAACUUUUGAUGUUGGGUGUUCAGGUUUUCUGUAAAUUAAUUGGUGUAAAUAAUCUUAAAUACUUUGUAUAUAUGUAGAUUUUAGAGAAUUGCCAGGGUUAUGUUGAGUUGA